AUGUUCCUUCCAACGCUCACCAACUGGCUCACAGCCACCAUCUUCUCUAAUCCCUCCAACAACGCACUCCAGUCCCCUGUCCUUGACCCCGCUGUCAAGUUCCCGUGGAUCCAACGCUUCGCCUCAAUCGGCGACUCCUACGCCGCGGGCCUAGGUUCCGGCACACGUCUCGACUGGUCAUGCUCCCGCUACACUUCCUCCUACCCAAACAUCCUACAAACCACCCUUUUCGGCCCCAACCCAAACCGCACCCAUCAGUUCCUCGCCUGCUCCGGAUCUACCAGCACGGAGAUCCUGGAAACCCAGAUCCCAGCUUUACAAGAUAACCUCGACCUGCUCACCAUCUCCGCCGGCGGCAACGACAUCGGCCUAACACCCAUACUAAGCAACUGCAUCUACCAAUUCUAUCUAUCAGGCGAAGACGCCUGCCAGACAGCUAUCAAUGAAGCACGAGCAAGGAUAGCAAAUGAAACAGAACUCUACCACAACAUCACCCUCCUCCUCUCCGCCGCAAAACCAAAGAUGAACCAACAACACGGCGUGAUUUACUACACAGGCUACGCCUCCUUCUUCAGUGACGAGGAUAAAACAUGCGACAACAUCACCUGGGCCGUCUGGAAAGACGUCGAAUGGACAAAACAAUACCUCACGCGCGCCCUACGCCAGGAGCUAAACGACAUGGUGCGCGCCGUCAACACCAUCUUGCUCAAAGCCGUUAGAGACGCUGGACCAAACGUCCGGGUCGAUACUGUGAACCCCGUGUCUUAG